CCUCAUUCAGCGAUAGCUGGUGGUCCGCCAUCAUUGAAUGUGGAGGCAGAGUUGAGUGAAAACGGCGGUGGAUUGUCAACAACUAAUCGCAGAGAGGGGACACUCACUUUCGGGGAAGGUCAAGUGGAAGCUGACAGUCGGCUCCACCAACUUACUCCUUUGUCCCUUCCCAGAGAAGAUUUUCAUGUAAAUAGUUACAGUUAAAUAAAGAAACCUAAGUAUGUCCAACCUUAGCAAAGGCGGCCCCAAGAAGGACACCAAGAUGAGAAUACGAGCUUUUCCUAUGACUAUGGAUGAGAAGUAUGUCAACAACAUCUGGGACCUUCUGAAGAACGCCAUCCAGGAGAUCCAGAGGAAGAACAACAGCGGCCUGAGCUUCGAGGAGCUCUACAGGAAUGCAUACACCAUGGUGUUGCACAAGCACGGGGAGAAGCUGUACACAGGCCUGCGAGAGGUCGUCACGGAGCACCUCAUCAACAAAGUUCGAGAAGAUGUGCUCAACUCCCUCAACAACAACUUCCUACAGACCCUCAACCAAGCCUGGAACGACCAUCAGACAGCCAUGGUCAUGAUCAGAGACAUCCUCAUGUACAUGGACCGGGUGUACGUACAGCAGAACAACGUGGAGAACGUGUACAACCUGGGGCUGAUCAUCUUCAGAGACCAGGUGGUGCGCUACGGCUGCAUACGAGACCACCUGAGACAAACACUCCUGGACAUGAUCGCCCGCGAGAGGAAGGGAGAGGUGGUGGACAGGGGGGCCAUCCGUAACGCUUGCCAGAUGCUGAUGAUCCUAGGCCUCGAGGGGAGGUCCGUCUACGAAGAGGAUUUCGAGGCCCCGUUUUUAGAAAUGUCAGCAGAAUUUUUCCAGAUGGAGAGCCAGAAGUUCCUAGCAGAGAACUGUGCCAGCGUGUACAUCAAGAAGGUGGAGGCACGGAUCAACGAGGAGAUCGAGCGGGUGAUGCACUGCCUGGACAAGUCCACGGAGGAGCCCAUCGUGAAGGUGGUGGAGCGGGAGCUCAUCUCCAAACACAUGAAGACCAUCGUGGAGAUGGAGAACUCGGGCCUGGUCCACAUGCUCAAGAACGGCAAGACAGAAGACCUGGCUUGUAUGUACAAGCUGUUCAGCCGCGUGCCAAACGGCCUGAAGACCAUGUGUGAGUGCAUGAGCUCGUACCUGCGGGAGCAAGGCAAGGCUCUGGUGUCUGAGGAGGGGGAGGGCAAAAACCCUGUGGACUACAUCCAGGGUCUUCUGGACCUGAAGUCUCGUUUCGACCGCUUCCUCCUGGAGUCCUUCAACAACGACCGCCUCUUCAAGCAGACCAUUGCGGGCGACUUUGAGUACUUCCUCAACCUGAACUCGCGCUCACCAGAGUACCUGUCCCUAUUCAUUGAUGACAAGCUCAAGAAGGGAGUCAAAGGACUGACGGAGCAGGAGGUGGAGUCCAUCCUGGACAAGGCCAUGGUGCUGUUCCGCUUCAUGCAGGAGAAGGAUGUGUUUGAGAGGUACUACAAGCAGCACCUGGCCAGAAGACUCCUCACCAACAAGAGCGUCUCCGACGACUCCGAGAAAAAUAUGAUCUCCAAACUCAAGACUGAGUGCGGAUGUCAGUUCACCUCUAAACUGGAAGGCAUGUUCAGGGACAUGAGCAUCUCAAACACAACCAUGGACGAGUUCCGACAGCAUUUACAAUCAACUGGGGUGUCUUUAGGUGGUGUGGACCUCACAGUAAGAGUUCUCACUACAGGAUACUGGCCCACCCAGUCAGCCACGCCCAAAUGCAACAUCCCCCCCUCACCCAGACACGCCUUUGAGGUCUUCAGAAGGUUCUAUCUGGCUAAGCACAGCGGCAGACAGCUCACCCUGCAGCACCACAUGGGCUCCGCGGACCUCAACGCCACGUUCUACGGCCCCAUCAAAAAGGAGGAUGGUUCGGAUGCAGGGGUCGGAGGGGCCCAGGUGACCGGCUCCAACACCAGGAAGCACAUACUGCAGGUGUCCACCUUCCAGAUGACCAUCCUCAUGCUCUUCAACAACAGGGAGAAGUCCACUUUUGAGGAGAUCCAGCAGGAGACGGACAUCCCCGAGCGGGAGCUGGUGCGGGCGCUGCAGUCUCUGGCCUGUGGGAAGCCCACGCAGCGGGUCCUCACCAAGGAGCCCAAGUCCAAGGAGAUCGAGAACGGACACGUCUUCACCGUCAACGACCAGUUCACCUCCAAACUGCACAGAGUAAAAAUCCAGACAGUGGCUGCCAAGCAGGGCGAGUCGGACCCCGAGCGAAAGGAGACGCGGCAGAAGGUGGAUGAUGACCGGAAGCACGAGAUUGAGGCGGCUAUCGUGCGCAUCAUGAAGUCCAGGAAGAAGAUGCAGCACAACGUUCUAGUUUCAGAGGUAACCCAGCAACUGAAAGCGCGAUUCCUUCCCAGUCCUGUGGUGAUUAAGAAGCGCAUUGAAGGACUUAUUGAGAGAGAAUACUUGGCAAGAACACCCGAGGAUCGCAAAGUGUACACAUAUGUAGCAUAAAGAAUGCAAAAUACAGUGACGUGGAAAACGAAAAUGACAAGAGAGAUUUCUUUUGGAACUGUGUUACGCGCAUGAACUGGGGGUUUCUUUUUUUCUCAUUGAUACUGGGCAAAACCCUGGGGACGGGGGGGAGGGGGGGGACUGGCCUUUCCUACCAUAGAGUUCUGUACCAAAAUGUUUUCAAGAAACCUGGUAAGUGCUCUUGGUAAUUUUAAAUAAAUCUCUUCUGUGGUCCUCAGAGGAGCUGGGAUGGAUCCCAGUUUGGGGCUGGGGUGGGGGUGGGGGUCAGAGUGUGUGUGUGUGUGUGUGUGGGGGGAGGGGCCUGCGGAGUUGGUGUCACCCCACUGUUUCACUUCUGCCUGUUAGAAACAUAACAGGAAAACAGUGCCAAGUGCACAAACUAAAAAGAGACAACGAUUGGCUUACACCCACCUGUUUCCCUGGAGACCAUCCACUAACCAAUGGAGAAGAGUCUCCUCCCAGAGUAGUUUUGUUCCAUUAUAUAUCUAUUUUUUGAACGUUGGUGUAAAUGUGCUUCUGUUUUGUGGCACCAUGCUGGUUGUACAAAUUGUCUGACACUAUUGGCUAUCCAUAGUAGGCAGGAGGGCUUGAGAUGAACGCCCAGGCCAUGAGGGCUCCAGGGGCUCCUUCCUUGCCUUGGCUCUUCAGACAGAGAGCAGAGAGCGGAGAGCACGGACAGGUGAAGGCCAUGGAGUGCAUUUCCACCCUCGUACUUCCCCUGGGCCGUGACCUCAGAGCUAUGCGAAUACGCAUGCAUGAGAAGAGGCAAGGCAAGGCUGGUUGUUUUGUAUUUUUAUUUUUGUUGUUUUUUUUUUUUUUUUUUUUUUUUAUUGUACAGGGAUGGGGCCUGCUGGUCAAGUGGAGUCCCCAGAGCAUGCCUUCUCAAAAGACAGAUGGAAUAGCACAUUCGGAGUCUAAACUAGGGUUUGGGUGGCUUAGUCUGUCAUGUUUCUUUGGAUUAUUUCAUUUACUUUUUUGUUUUGUUUUCGAUAUUGGUGUAGCCAUUUGUAAAAUGGGAGUGUCGGCUCUAUUUUCGUUUUGGAGAGUGGGUUCUGCCAUGUCCAGUUUAGAAAAAUUAUCUGUCUUUUUUUGCAGGAUUUCAAGAAGGAUCCAACAGAACACCAUGUUUUAAAGUGUAUAAAUUGUAAAAUACUUGUUAUUGUACUCACUGCUGAAGUGGACUGUACAGGGCCUUGUUUUCAUCAUAAUAAAUGUAGAAAAAGGAAAAAAAAAAAAA